CUUUCUUUCAUUAAGCAUUAGUCCAGUCCCACCCCUUUGCAAUGGUCAACUUCCAACAGUUUAUCAUCGUGGUGGCGGCUCUGUCGCCCUUGACUUCCGCCGUACCGAAACGGCAGCAGCAAAAACGCGAAGUCAUUCAAGACAGAUAUAUUGUCACUCUGAAAAACAACAUCAGCACUGCCGACGUCAGGAAUCAUUUAGACUGGGUGGAUAGUAUGCAUAGUCUUAAAUUUGGCAAGAGAAAAGCUGCCGGUGUCGACAAGACUUAUAACAUCCAAGAUUGGAACGCGUAUGCUGGCGAAUUCGACAGCGAUACUAUCGAGGAAAUCAAGUCUGACGCCGCUGUAGCGAGUGUGGAGGAGGACCAGGUCUGGUACAUCUUCAACGGAUCGAGCAAGACAGAUCAUAUCGCUCGUGCGUUGGCUACUCAAACUAACACCACUUGGGGUUUGGCAACUGUCUCUCAUCGUGAGCCCGAUUUUACCAGCUAUGUUUAUGACUCAACCGCCGGCAGCGGAACCUAUGCAUACAUUGUCGAUAGCGGGAUUCUGACUACUCACAUAGAAUUCGGGGGUAGAGCCUCAUACGGAUAUAAUGCUGUCGGUGGUCCAAAUGUCGAUAGUUACGGUCACGGCACCCAUGUGGCCGGUAUUAUCAGUGGUGCCACUUACGGAGUUUCGAAGCUUACUAAAGACAUCGCCGUCAAGGUUUUCGAGGGCGAAUCUACUCUUGUAUCCAUCAUCUUAGACGGCUAUAGUUGGGCUGUAAAUGACAUAACGAGUAAAAGCCGCCAAUCCAAAUCCGUUAUCUCCAUAUCUAUAAGCGGUAGAUAUUCUGCCAUUUUUAAUGAUGCGAUCGAUGUCGCUUAUAGCAGUGGUAUACUAACUGUGGUUGCUGCUGGCAAUGAAGCCACAGACGCUGCCAUUGUGUCGCCAGCCUCAGCCCCUCAUGCGCUAACCGUGGGAGCCCUCGAUUCCAACUGGUCGGAGGCUGAUUAUAGCAACUAUGGUCCAAUACUCGAUAUUUACGCUCCUGGUACGGAGAUAUUGUCUGCUUGGAUCGGCUCUGAUACCGAUACUUACAUCGAUUCUGGUACUUCCAUGGCCACGCCUCAUGUGACUGGCCUUGCUUUGUACCUGAUGGCUCUUGAGGGUCUGAGCGGUCCGGAUGCUGUGAUUGCAAGAAUCAAAUCCCUCGCUACUAGUGACAUGAUUACGGGUCUCAGUAGCGGAAGCCCGAACCUGAUCCUUUGUAAUGGUCAGGGCACAUGAUUGCAAUGCUCAUUCUCCCCGAGCAGCCGGGUCUGAGCUAUUAUGGAGGCUACGGAUUGUUCGGGACGGCUUGUAUACAGUUGAAGAUAUGUCGAUUUGUGAUAGGUGUUUGCCAUAAGUUAAUCUGGCGGAUACUGUUAGUGUUAUAGUUGAUGAAAAUUCCCUUUGGUGGGACGUUAAUUGUAGAAACAGAGUAAAUUUGUCACA